AUGUCUAGCCAUCUAUCAGAUGGACACGAUCACUAUAAUUCUGAUUGCAAUCAACCUUUGGAAUCACAUCAACAAAAUCAACAACAAUUAGAUGAUGAUUCCAAACAAGACAAUAAUCUUCAAAAAACAACAAUACCAACAACAACAACUACUGUUUUGGAUCAUCAUUCAUUAUCAGAAAAUCACAUUGCACUAUUAAAUAAUCAUCAUUCUCAUCAUCAUCACAUCAUCCAAGAAGAAUCAUUGUAUAUAGAUGGAGAGCAAUUUGAUGAUGGUGAUGAUUAUGUGGUCAAGCAGGGUGAUAGACAGUUGGUUGAGAGUGCACCUAGUAGUGUGGAGGAGAUUCAUGGUGGUGUUCAGGAGGAAUCAAUAUCGUUGUUAUCGAAAAUGUAUUGGAAAGUGAAGGAUAAAAUUGUGGACCUGAUGUGCUAUGUGAUUAAAAAGAAACCACUUGGUGAUGAUUUUGAAUUGGAGGAAAAGGAGCAAGAAUUAAAAGAAGAAACUCAACAGGAAGUGGAACCAGUUGAAAAAUCCAAUUUUGCCUCAGAAGACGAAACUGAACGAAAGUUUGAAAAAAUUUAUAUUAACAAUCGAGAAGAAAAUAGAAAAUGCAGAAAACCCUUUCCCAAAAACUCUGUCACAACCACCAAAUAUUCAAUACUGACCUUUAUUCCAAAAAAUCUAUUCGAACAAUUCAGAAAGGCAAUCAAUGUUUAUUUACUAUUAACUGUUAUUGCAGUUUUAAUUCCAGAUCUAUCACCCAUGUUUCCUCCAGCUGCUGUAUUACCCAUUACAAUCAUUGUCCUUGUCCAGAUGGCCAAAGAUGGAUUCGAGGAUUUUCAAAGAUAUCGUCAGGAUCGAAAGGCAAACAAUGAGAAAUGUCGAGUGAUUAGAGAUGGAAUCUUACAGGAAAUUCAAGUGAAAAAUAUAGAGAUUGGUGAUGUGGUUUCGAUAAAGAAAGAUGAGGUUUUCCCAGCUGAUUUGUUGUGUAUACAUUCGUCGAGAGAGGAUGAGUUGUGUUAUAUUGAAACUGCAAAUUUGGAUGGAGAAACUAAUCUAAAGAGUAGAAGACCUAUUAAGGGAUCUUCUAAAGUAUUUCAUCAUGAUGUUGCGGAGAAUAAUAUUGGAGAUUUUGCACAAUUGAAAGGAAAGGUUCAAGUCGAGAUGGCAAAUAACAAUUUGGAUGUGUUUGAGGGCAUGCUGAAAAUGCAAACUCAAGUGAUGGGAUAUGGUGAAUUAAUCUCAAUUAAUGAACCACUCACAAUGGAAAAUCUAUUGCUUAGAGGAUGCACUCUGAGAAAUACUCAACACAUAUUUGGAAUUGCAAUCUAUCUCGGCAAGCACACAAAGAUUUUUAUGAAUACGAAGGAGAAUAAGGUGAAGAGAAAUGAAUUGUGGGUAACUCUGAAUAAGAUUUUGGUAUUCUUGGUUUUAUUUCAACAAGUGUUGUGUGCAAUAGUUGCUGGACUGCAGGGAAACUUUCAUGACACAUUCGAAAGCGGUGCAUUCUAUUUGGCUCCUCUUGAUGAUUCACCAGCUUCGUUUGUUUCUGUCAUGUCAACUUGGGUCACUACGUUUAUAUUGUUAAAUUACAUUGUCAAUGAGACAAUUAUUAUUGGAUUUGAAGCUGUCAAGACAUUCCAAUCGUGGGAUAUUCAAUCAGAUGCUGAAAUGAGAUUUGGUGAUAUUAAAACUCAGGUCAGAACAGCAAAUUUGAAUCAAGCACUUUCAUCACUUGAUUUUAUCUUCUCUGACAAGACUGGAACACUAACACAGAAUGAAAUGAAGUAUUCAGAUUCAUGGACAGAUGGCAUGUAUUAUUCAGAGAAAAGCAAUCCUGGCUCAAUGAAAGAGAAACUAGUGCAAUAUCAUCAAUUUGGUAAGAUUGACAUUGAAAAUCAACCUCAUCAUCAUCAACAAACAUCUGUACAUGGAGCAGAACAUCAUGCUAGCUGCAUUAGAGAGUUUUUAACAUGUCUCACCUUGAAUAACAGUGUCAUGCCAGAGAAGGAUUUACAAAACCCUGAAAGAAUUAAUUACAAUGGACCUUCCUCAGAUGAAAUUGCACUUUUGGAGGCUGCUACCAAUAAUGGAUUCAAAUUAAUUCAGAGAACCAACGAAGGAUUAGUAAUUGAUGAAAUGGGAGAAACUAGAUUUUAUGAAAUUAUUGCAACCUUUCCAUUUACAUCUGAUAGAAAAAGAAUGACAGUUCUUGUGAAAACUCAAGAAGGAAGAUAUAUUGCCUAUGUGAAAGGUGCAGAUAACGUCAUGCUGAAGAGAUGUAGAGCUAGAAAGGAAUAUGUUCAUGAAUUGAAAUCUGCUCUUCUCAAUUUUUCAGUUCAGGGCUUGAGAACAUUGGUAAUUGGUAGGAGGGAGCUCUCAAUGAGUGAAUUUGAAACUUGGUUCGAUGGUUAUAAUAAGGCCUCCAUGUCAAGUAAGAAUAGAGGAAAGAUGAUUGCUCAGAGUGCAAGUGAUCUGGAAAUUGAUUUGGAGCUGGUUGGUUGUACAGCCAUUGAAGAUAAAUUACAAGAUGAUGUGGCCAAGUCAAUUGAUUAUCUUUCCAGAGCUGGUUUGAAGAUUUGGGUCUUGACAGGUGAUAAGACAGAGACAGCAAUUAAUAUUGCCUACUCAACCAAUGUAUUGGUGAAAGACAAGACCAUUGAAAUCAGAAUCAGAGAUGCCAACACACAUCAACAAGCCAAAAAGAAACUGAAGGAAGCACUAGAAUUCUUACAAAACAAUUCGAAUAAGGGAUUUGAAUUUGGUCUCAUUAUCGACUCCAAAUCUCUAGAGUUUAUUCUCGACAAGUAUGAGAAACGUUUCAUUGAACUAGCUCGAUAUGUCCACUGUGCUGUCUGCUGUCGUUUAAAACCACUCCAAAAGUCCAGCAUUGUAAAACUAAUUGAAAGUAAGCUUCACAAGAAGGCCCUCUCCAUUGGUGAUGGUGUCAAUGAUGUGGCAAUGAUCCAAGCAGCAUCCAUCGGUGUUGGAAUUCAAGGAAAGGAAGGAUCUCAAGCUUCUCGUUCCUCUGACUUUUCAAUUCCUCGUUUUAAAAACCUGGUAAGAUUAUUGGCCGUUCAUGGAAGAAAUUGCAGUGUGAGAAAUGCCGACUUUUUACAUUUGAGUUUCUACAAGAAUUUUAUAUUGCUCCUUCCUCAAUUUUUCAAUAUUUUCUAUUGUGGAUAUUCUGGAACUUUAAUAUUCGAUUCUUGGGAAUUAAUUGUCUAUAUUGGAAUUUACUUCUUUUUUCAACCGAUUGCAUUUGGAUCGUGUGAAAAGGAUUUACCUGAGGAGGUGAUUUUAGAGCAUCCAGAACUCUAUGAUUCACUCAAAAAAUCUGGAAAUUUAUUCAAUCUCAGAACAUUAAUCAUGUGGGGAAUUGCUGCCAUCUAUCAUGCACUUGUCAUUUUCUUUGGAAUUAUUCUGAGUGUGGAUGGAGAUUUUAUGGAGAAUGGACCUACUGACCUAUAUCAUUUUGGUAAAAUUAUCAUGACAUGUAUGGUUUGUGUGGUCACUUUGAUAUACAUUUUGGAGAUUAAAACAUUGACAGUUCCAGUUUUAAUCUUAAUGCCACUUGGUUUUUUAUUUUACUUUGCAUUCAAUGCUUGUUAUUCUCCAAUUGCAGAUGAAUUGGGAGAUCCUGAGAGUUUAUACAUUUAUUAUGAAACUUUUGUGAGUGUACAAGCUACCUUGACUACGAUUCUAGUAGUUGUAGUUGCAAUUUUACCGAAUAUCAUUUGGAAAGCUGCCAAGAUUACCUUUUUCCCAUCAGAGUCUCAACGACUUUUAUUGGAAUAUCUUGAAAAGAAGGAACACCAAACUCAAGAGGAAGCUAAUAAGGGAAAGCAACCAAACUCAAAGUAG